UCAGCUAGGUCUCUGGACAAAAUGGGGAAUGGAUCACUGAAACCCAAGCAUCUGAGGAGGCCGAAUAGACAUGUAGCAAAUCUCUCUAUUGGCUGUGGUGGCAACCAUAAGUUUUUGAAGGACCAAGGUCUAGGUGUCAGUGUGAUCAAUGGGCAAGCUGAUGUUCUUUGCAGCAGGGUGCUUGAACUGGAAAAGGAGUUGAAGAGAAAAGAUCAAGAGCUGCAAGAGGGUCAAAGUCAUGUUGCUGAGCUUCAGGAACAGUUGGCUGUGCAGACUAAGGUCAUAGCAGAACUCACCAAGGAACUUCAGAGCAAGUGUAUACAGUUGAACAAGCUGCAGGAUGUUGUUAGCACUCAAGGAGAGCACUCUCUUCAGCUUUCUCCAUUUAAAGCAGCUUCAAGGAUUCAAGUCUCUGGCAAUAGGAGGAGAGGAGCCAAGGAAGGUGUAUCUGCAGAGCCGACAACACAGCUGUAUGAUUUGACCAGGCAAUCUAUGUUUUCCUUUGAAAAAGCAAGAGUCCGAAAAGAUUCCAGUGAGAAGCAGCUUAUCAUAGAUGCCCUGAAUAAAAAUCAAUUCUUGAAGAGACUGGAGCCUCACCAGAUCCGAGACAUGGUGGAAUGUAUGUAUGAAAGCACUUUCCAGCAAGGGAGUUAUGUCAUCAGACAGGGAGAGCCGGGCAAUCACAUUUUUGUGCUCAAAGAGGGCAGUCUCGAAGUCUUUCAGCAGAAUAAACUACUCUCCUCAAUACCUGUGUGGACAGCAUUUGGUGAACUAGCCAUUUUAUACAACUGCACACGAACAGCCUCUGUGAAAGCAAUCACCAAUGUUAAAACAUGGGCGUUGGACAGAGAAGUGUUCCAAAAUAUCAUGAGAGUUACAGCACAAACAAGACAAGAACAAUACAGAAACUUCCUUAGAAGUGUGUCCCUGCUGAAAAAUUUACCUGAAGAUAAAUUAACCAAGAUCAUGGACUGCCUGGAGGUGGAAUACUAUAACAAGGGAGAUUAUGUUAUUCGGGAAGGAGAAGAAGGAAAUACCUUCUUUAUAAUAGCAAAUGGAAAGGUGAUAGUUACCCAGAGUACUGCAGAGCACUCACAGCCUCAUCUGAUUAAAACUCUACAUAAAGGAGAUUACUUUGGAGAAAAGGCUCUCAUCAGUGAUGAUGUCAGAUCAGCAAACGUUAUUGCAGAUGAAUACAAUGUGGAGUGCCUCGUUAUAGAUAGAGAGUAA